AUGGCAGCCCAUCCUCACCGCUAUCCCUUCGAAAUGGCACACACAACCGAAUUCGACGCUGCUGUACUGGCGUCCACUGGCAAUGACAACAAUGUAGCGAACCAACACUACCACCAACAAACUGCUUCCGCGACCUCUCCUCACUCUCAACACAAAUCCCACCCAUCUCAAGACAACUGCGAUCGAAGACGACCUGCGGAGGAGGACCACUCCCGCCUCAAAAAGAUGACUUCGGCGCUGGUCGGCAAGACCGUCAGCCCGUUUCUGAAAGAACAUAUCCCAGGCAUCUAUGCGCCCGUCGGCAAAGACUUCCUAGAUGAAUCAUCCCACACACCGCCAAUAUCUGUUCCAAGAGAUGCCAAUACCCGGUUUUGUUACCGCCACCGUCCGGACUCAAAGUGCCGGCGAACAGCGGACGAAACCAAGAUGGGCAUGAUUCAAAGGGAUCUCAACAGUCUCUCCGCCGCUGACCAAGAGGCCAUCACGCACGUUUGGUCUCUCUUCUCGGCUGCACCCGCCAAGCACCGAGAGCUGAUGCUCCAGGGCAUCAUCACGCAGUGCUGCUUCCCACAACUUUCGACCGUCUCCCGCGAAGUACAAGAGCAGCUCAAGAUUGACUUCCUGACAGCCCUACCGACCGAGCUGUCCUACAAGAUUCUAUGUCACCUCGACACCGUGUCGCUGUGCAAGGCUACUCAGGUCAGCCGUCGCUGGCAAAACCUCGCGGACGACGAUGUGGUCUGGCACCGCAUGUGCGAGCAGCAUAUUGAUAGAAAGUGCACCAAGUGCGGCUGGGGCCUGCCGCUGCUGGAAAAGAAGAAGCUCAAGGCAUGGAGCCGCCACCAGCACACGGCCCAUGGCAGCGGAUCGGCCCAGACUGCCGAUAAUGUCAACGGGUCCAACAAGCGUUCAGUAGAGGAGGAAGACGCCCCCUCAAAGCGGCAACGUCUCGAUGGUACCGGUCCUUCCCCGGCUUCUCUCGAAACGGAGCGCAAGUUCCGUCCGUGGAAAGAUGUCUAUCGCGACCGCUUCAAGGUUGGAUAUAACUGGAAGACUGGCCGCUGCACCAUCAAGACGUUCAAGGGCCACGAAAAUGGUGUCACCUGUCUGCAGUUUGAUCAGAACAUCUUGGCUACUGGCUCGUAUGACACUACCAUCAAGAUUUGGAACAUUGAGACUGGCGAGGAGCUGCGUACCUUGCGCGGACACACAGGAGCAUUGCGAACUUUGCAGUUCGACGACAGCAAACUCAUCAGUGGCAGUCUCGACAAGACGAUCAAAAUAUGGAACUGGCAGACUGGAGAGUGCUUGAGUACCCUUCAAUGCCACACUGAAGGUGUGCUGUCGGUGCACUUUGACAAGGGCACGUUGGCGUCUGGAUCAAUCGACAGGACUGUCAAAAUUUUCUGCUUCGACACAAAGCAAACAUUCUAUCUACGUGGCCACACGGACUGGGUCAACCAUGUCAGACUUGACACAGCAUCUCGAACUGUCUUCUCCGCGUCUGACGACUUGUCUGUCAAGCUGUGGGACUUGGAUACGAAGCAGUGCAUCAAAACCUAUCUUGGUCACGUCGGGCAAGUUCAGCAAGUUCUUCUCAUGCCUCCCGACUUUGAACCAGAUGAGGUUCCUGGCCCGGAUGAUAACGAUACUGCCUCUGUGCGCAGUGGCCGGAGCGUGACCCCGACACACUUGGUCCCGGCUGAUCGCUCUGUGUUUGGUCCUGGAUUCGUGUCGGAAUCGCGGCCUCUUCCACCACGUUACAUGCUGACUGGUGGCCUCGACAACACGGUGCGUCUGUGGGAUAUCGCCACUGGCAAAUGCAUUCGAAGCAUGUUUGGUCAUGUCGAGGGCAUAUGGGGUCUAGUCGGCGACACCCUGCGCGUGGUCACCGGUGCUAAUGACUCAAUGACCAAGAUCUGGGAGCCUCGUUCCGGCAAAUGCGAGCGAAGCUUCACCGGUCACGCCGGGCCGGUGCAGUGCGUUGGCCUGAGUGACAGCCGAAUGGCUAGUGGGAGUGAAGACGGCGAGGUGCGCCUCUACAGCUUUGAGGGCGAGACAACUGAGGAGCGGGGAACACCCUCGUGA